AUGCUCAAUCUUAGCAUCUGGGAUAACAUGCUCUACAGCGUCCAGAGACAAGGACGUUUUUCUUUUUAUAUUCAAAACCAAGGCGAAGAGGCGACGCAAAUCGGAAUAGGGAAGGCCCUCAAACCCGAAGACCACCUCUUCUGCCAGUACAGAGAGCUAGGAGUAUUAUUAAUGAAGGGUUUUAAGAUAGAAGAGGUAUUAGGACAGCUGCUGAGCACUAAGCGAGAUGAGUCCAAAGGCAGACAAAUGCCUAUCUCGUACUCUCAGCAUACACUCGGCAUUCACACAAUCUGCACCCCUCUUACUACCCAGGUGCCCCACAGCAUGGGGGCUGGCUAUGCUUUCCGUCUCGGCAAUGAGAAGAGGAUUUCUGUCGGCUUCUUUGGAGAGGGUGCUGCAAGUGAGGGGGACUUCCACGCGGCGGCGAACUUUGCUGCGACUCUGAAGGGCAAUACUCUGCUGGUGUGCAGAAACAACGGGUACGCGAUAUCGACCCCAGUGAAGGAUCAGUAUGCUGGAGACGGGAUCGCCAUUCGUGGGAUCGCCUACGGCAUGCAGACAAUCAGAGUCGAUGGGAACGAUUUGUUUGCUUCUUACCUCGCUACUAAAGCAGCAAGAGAGCUUAUCCUCAAAACAAACGAGCCCCACAGCACUUCAGAUGAUAGCUCUGCCUAUCGACCGCCUGGUGAAUUGGAGGCGUGGAAUGCAUCGGGCAUUCUUCCGCUAGCCCGACUGAGAAAGUAUUUAACCCAUCAAGGUUGGUGGAGUGAAGAAGAAGAAGAAGCACAAAGAAAAGAAGCUCGAGCAUACAUGUUGCAGCAGAUGAAAGAGGCUGAAAAGAUAAAGAGAUGGAGUGUUAUGGAGGGUUUAUUUGCAGAUGUUUGGUCACACCCUGUACAGACACUUGAAGAACAAAAAGAAGCAUUUAAACAACAUAUUCAAACACACAAAGAUAA